AUGCUUGCAAUCCCAGGUUGGCAACGACCACAUGUCAUUUGUUAUGCCUCUCCUUCCACUAACGCGGCAUUCAAGGGUCCUAUUCCAUCAUAUCCAGAGUCAGCACCUCAAUCGGGAGCCGGACGAGGUCGGUACGAGUAUAGGGACGCCGAAUUCUGGACGUGUGGCUUCUUCCCCGGCACCGUCUACACUCUUCUUGAACGUGCGGCCAAAUUUCCCGCUCAUGUGUCGGCGCCGAAAUGGUAUCGUGAGCAUCUCUAUUCGGACCUCCUAACGUGUGGGAGACACUGGUCCAUAGCUCUGAACGACAUGUCCUCCAGGACCGAUACGCACGAUAUGGGCUUCAUCGUGCAGCCCGCGCUUCAAAAGGAUUGGGAAAUGACGGGAAACCUGCGGAGUCUGGAUUCUGUCACCAAAGCUGCUUACGCUCUGGCCUCACGGUAUGAUCCCGCCAUUGGCGCGAUUCGAAGCUGGGACCGCGCCAUAAACCACCGGUACAGGAUCGACGACAUGACUGAAAACUUUCUGGUCAUCAUCGACAGCAUGUGCAAUCUGGACCUCCUCUUCUACAUUGGGCAUCUCGUUCACGAUGAGUCUCUCGCCUCCAUCGCUACUACACACGCGAAUACCGUGCGGAGGACCAUCCUCCGAGAAGACUGUUCGACAUUCCACCUGGUGAACCUGGACCCCCGAAGGCCCGGGGAGGUGAUAUCUCGAAUGACGAACCAAGGGUACAACGAUGCGUCGACGUGGAGCAGGGGCCAGGCGUGGGCGAUCAUGGGUUUCGCACAGACGUACCUAUGGACGAAGGACUCGACGUUUCUCAAGACGGCGAUUGGAUGUGCCAAUCUGUUCCUGUCACGACUCGAUGCUGCUUCCCACCAUCACCCGUUCGUCCCUGCUUGGGACUUUGACGCACAUCAAGAAGACCCCGCUGAGCCAUUGCGUGAUACAUCUGCAGGCGUAAUCGCCGCAAAUGGCAUGCUCCUGAUCCAUCAAGCCUUGCAGUCUCUGUCGGUGUCGAGCAUUUCCGAGCUCUCAUACCGCCCUGUGGCAGGAGGCAGCGAUUUUCUGGAUGCCGCACUGCUGAUCGUCCAGGAAACGCUUGACAUGUCGCUCGAUCGGGAUUUUGCGUCUCUCCUUCCGCCUCUUCCUCUUCCUUCCUCAUCGCCCGGGGAAAAACUUCAUGCGCAAAUCAGUCCCAGUUCCUUUGACGCCAUUCUGCGCAAUGCUACGGCAAACAACAAUGAGCACGCACAUAAGCGGUACUGGGACCACGGCUUGGUGUAUGCAGAUUACUUCUUAUUGGAGUUUGGCAAUAAACUGUGUAGAAUGGGGCUAUGCUAG